AUGGCGCACAAAGCGGAAACCUCGCAAAACACCACGUCCCCAGACACCGUCCAAUGCGGGGGCUGCAGGGCGUCCUACCCCCUCGGCGAGAUCGUCCGGUUCAUCGAGCACAAGGUCAACCACUGUCGAAGCACCCUCCAGGGCUGCCACAGUCCACCGGCGACGGCUGCGCCGGAGGACUCCGAUCCGGAGGAUGCCCUCGCCCUGAAGACCACCGAUCCGGACUCGAAACUAAACUCGGUGCCCAGUAUUUCCGCACCGAUCAACAAGAGAAGCGGUCGACUGGAGAGUCCGCCGACGCCGCAGGGCCCGGGACCGGAUACCGGAAGUCCGAUCGACCUUAAAGCGAGCGCCAGUUCGACGCCAAAGAGACGGACGGAAGCUCCGGACGAGGACAAGGAAGACCUCCCGAAGAAGCAGAAGACCGAGUCUGUGGACGCCGACACGAACACAGUCAAUUCCGAGCCAAGGUGGCUGCAGUGCUCGCAGUGUUCUCGGCGGUUGUGCUCGGCGUGGGAGCUCCUCCAGCAUGUACAAAGCAUGCACGGCGCCCGCCUCUACUGCUCCUCCUCCUCGUCGACGAACUCCUCGUCGAACACCCCGGCGCCGAGUCCACCGACGCCUACGCCGACGCACGCGCACCACCUCAGCCCGCCGAAUCACCUGAACCUGAGCGGCAAGUCCACCGGAAGCUCCUCGGCGGCGAACUCAUCGGGUGGCACCAACACCAGCGGGAGUAGCGGCAGUCGGCAGCAGCUGCAGACCUCGGCUUCCCUGGUGGGCGAUCCUCUCCACAGUUUCCUCAGGCUACCGCAACACCUCGAGCGAAGUUUCCCGCCUAUGUUCAGGCCUGAUUUCCUCACCCUGAAUCCCUUGGCGGGGUACAGGGGCCUCCAGGAGCUGCAGACCGCCACGAGGAACCUGCAGAACCUGGGCGACCCGCUUCGCGGUAUGGACGGCUUGAAUUUGGGAGAUCCGCUGGUACGCAGCUCGCUGGACUCCCUGAACAACGCCCGGAACCUGGCGAAUCUGGCCGAGCUCUCGCACGGCCGCGGCCUCGCCGGCCAGGCACACCCGCCACCACUCGAAGCGAACCUGGAUUUUUACUCGGCGCGCCUAAGGAGCCUCGCUAAUCCGUCCUUAGGCGCGGCUCCACCUGCUAGCGGUAAUCCUACUACGAAUCCUCCUCCCCCGCCGCCGGUGCCGCCGGUCCCAGUCGCCGGUAGUGUCCAGCAGCAGCAGCAACAGCAGCAGCAACCACAGCAACAACAGCAGCAGCCGGCGCAGCAGCAGCCACAGUCGCAACAGCAACAGUCACAGUCACAUUCCCAGUCGGUGGAACCUCCCAGCCCGGCCACGACUAACCCUACGAAUCUGACUCACGGCAGUCAUCAGAAGGAGAACUCACCACCCUGCUACAGCCAGAGUCCGGUUGGUCAUCACAACAACAACAAUUCGACGGACAGCGAGAAGACCAGUCCACCAGUGGCCUCCACGCCGAUCAUCACCGAUUCCUCGUCGGAAACGGUGUACACAUGCGAAGUGUGCGAUAAGAAGUUUCGUUUCCAGUCGAACUUGAUCGUUCAUCGUCGGAGUCAUCGGGACAAGGAGAGGCAGUAUCAACAGCAGCAGCAGCAACAGCAGCAGCAGCAACAGCAGCAGCAACAGCAGGAAAGCACGCAAGACGGCCAAGGCACACCGACUAGGUGCGAGGUGUGCGAAGUCGAGGUGGCCAGCUUCGCCGAGUUGAGGAAACACAUGAGGAAGGAGCACCAGGAACACUUGAACUCCGCCGCAAGUCCGCAAGGCAGCGUCGAGACGGUACCGGACGACGGGUCCAGCUGCGACGAGAACAUGGACCUGGACGAAAUCGAGGAGAACGAGCAGAAGAACGAACGAGAGGACGCGGAGGAGAACACGCCGGAGGAUCUGAGCACCACUCAAGGGCAGAGCGGCGAGGAGAGCGGAGGUCGGCUGGAGAAACCAGCCAGUCUGGUGGGUGAUCUUAUGGAGAAGUUCGGACUGAGCAACAUCGCUCAGUAUUCGGAGGCUUAUCGGCAAGCCCUGCAGGAGAAUCACCGCAGCGGCUUCCUGAAGACCGAGUCGCCGUGCAACCUGACGAACUCACUGAACAACAACAAGGAGAAGGAGAGCGCGCUCUCGCCGACGAAUUUCAACUCCUCCACGACACCGAGCAUCUUCUCCGGCCAGGGGUUUCCCAGGUCCUCCGGGCCGGACUUCGGCGGUCUUUGGCUACCUAGUCCGCAUUAUCUGGAGAACAACGAAUUCCGCAAGGCGUCCAAGGCCACGACCUCGACCCUGGCACUCCAGGGUCUGCCGAGUCCGCUGCUGAAGAAAGAGCGAAGCGGCCGGAACGACACCUGCGAGUAUUGCGGCAAGGUCUUCAAGAACUGCUCGAACUUGACGGUGCACAGACGAUCGCACACCGGCGAGAAGCCGUACAAGUGCGAGCUCUGCUCAUACGCGUGCGCUCAGAGCUCCAAGCUGACCAGGCACAUGAAGACCCACGGCCGGCACGGUAAGGACACGUACAAGUGCCGCUUCUGCGAGAUGCCGUUUUCCGUGCCGAGCACGCUGGAGAAACACAUGAGGAAGUGCGUGGUGGUGGUGCAACAGGGUCCCAAGCUGGACAUACCGUAUCCGGUGAUCAAGGACGAGGACUCCUCACUCAGCAGCAAGGAUACUUGAUCCUGG